GAGGAGGGAGCCGAGCUCCGAGGAGGAGGAUGGGGCGGGGGAGCCUGCCGAGACUGGGCGGGCAGGAGGUGGGGCUGGGGAGGGUGCCGCCUCUCCUCUUUCCCGGAGCCAGAGGAAAGAGGGAGGAAAACUUCUUCCUGCCCCGGGCCCCUGGGCUUCUUCUGCUGUCUGCCCACUGCACCCGGGCCGUGUCUGGGUGCCAGGCUCCCUUCCCCCACCCCCGCCCCGGUGCCCGCCAUGGCUAAAGCCUACGACCACCUCUUCAAAUUGCUGCUGAUUGGGGACUCGGGGGUGGGCAAGACUUGUCUGAUCAUUCGAUUUGCCGAGGACAACUUCAACAGCACUUACAUCUCCACCAUUGGAAUUGACUUCAAGAUCAGAACUGUGGAGAUUGAGGGAAAGAAAAUAAAACUUCAAGUCUGGGAUACAGCAGGACAAGAGAGAUUCAAGACUAUAACUACUGCCUACUACCGGGGGGCCAUGGGUAUUAUCCUUGUCUAUGACAUUACAGAUGAGAAAUCUUUUGAGAACAUUCAGAACUGGAUGAAAAGCAUCAAAGAGAAUGCCUCUGCAGGGGUGGAACGCCUUCUACUGGGAAAUAAGUGUGACAUGGAAGUGAAGAGGAAGGUGCAGAGGGAACAGGCAGAGAAGCUGGCCCGGGAACAUGGAAUCCGAUUCUUUGAGACAAGUGCUAAGUCAAGCCUGAAUGUGGAUGAGGCCUUCAGUUCUCUGGCCCGGGACAUAUUGCUCAAGUCAAGUCGGAGAUCUGGCAACAGCAAUAAGGCAACCCCAACUACUGAUCUGAAGAGUUGUGAGAAGAAGAGCAGCACCAAGUGCUCCUUGGGUUAAUAGCUGCUGACCACCCCAAGACCUCCCCGUCCCUGGCCCAGAGGCUGGGCCUGCUGGAUUUCAGGGAGAGGGAGAGAAAAGGAGGGAAAGGGAAGAGGAGUUGUCUAGGGACUUAAGAGAGUUGGGAAGGCAGGAGAAAAAAGAGAAAGAGAAAAAGGAGAGAAAGAGACAGAGAAAGAGAGAGGGAGAAAUGAAAGAAAAGAAAAGGGAAAAAAAGGAAAUUAGAAAGGUAACUGAGAAAAAGGGGAAGCAGAUGGAGAAGUGAGAUUAUGAGAGGAGGGAGCAAGGAGGUGAGAAAAGGGAA